AGGUGCAGAAGUCGGCAUAUCAGGUGUCCUCACUCGAUCAACGGUAUCAACACUUACAGUCAUGAAGAGUGUAGCGUUGGCAUGUUUGUUCCUGGCUGUGGCAGUCAUUGCCCAGGACAGUUACUACACCAGGAAGCUUCCAGCUGACAAGCUCAGAGAUUUCCCUGGGAUGUGCUUUGGGUCAACGACUUGCCGAGUGUACAAGGAAGGUGAGACGUGGCCCCUUGUGCCCUUCUGUGGCAAUGCUACCUGCGUGAAGGAAGGUGAACAGCUGUUUGAGCAGGUCCAGGAGUGUCCCAGGGCUAAGCCCAACCCUGACUGUGAGGAAGUCCUGAGUGACCCUACACAGGUGCCAUUCCCUGCCUGCUGUCCUACUUACACAUGCAAGGAGGGCGUCACUGUUGCGUACUACACCCAGGCUGAGAAUGAGGCCCUCAUUGCAGAAGCUGCCAAGGCUGCAAAGGCUGCUCCCCCUGCAGAGGCUGCUCCCGCUGCAUAGGUCUAUGUGAAGAACUAGAGAUGGAGGGCAGCUGCAUCAUGACCCUCCCUCCUUCAACACUACCUAUACCAUCCCUCAGAUCAUGCAAUCUCCAUUGCUUUCACUGUUGUAUUAAGUCAAUCGCAGCUGCAAACUGGCUAACCAUAUUAAUAUAGAUCAACAACACAAAUAAAAUUAUUUGAAACUGUUGGUGAAAUGAGUAUACUUAAGGUGGAGAUGAGAGAGCAAGGACAGGCUGAGGACGCCUGGUAUCUCCCCAGCAGCCCAUGGCUGUCACCCCAGCAGCCCAUGGCUGUCUACCCACAUUAUACCUUGUCUCACACCAAACAAAUCUCUAUACAAACAUCGUCAUGCACUAAACGUAACUCAAAAUUUGUGUAU